CAAGCUCUGUGAGUGCCAAACAGUGAGUUAUGGUCUGGAUUGCUACCCGUGCAUCAUGAAGAUUGACUUUAUUUUUACUCUUCUAAGGAUCACGUGCUUUAUGAAUUCACUUUCUCCUCCACCUCACUGCCACCUCCAUCAAUAUUGUUAUCACUUCUAGGAAACCAGAACUUGAGGCUUGGCCUUCAACUCAGCCUUUCCUCUCUCCUUGGAACAACCAGUGUCACCUUUGUGUUCUACCAAAAAAAUCACUGUGGGUUAUUUUGCCCUUCGCAAAAGUACACUGCCUGGAGAAAUCACUUCACAUACCCUUUUCUUCUGGAAUAAAGGCCUCCAGAUCCUAAAGAACAGCUGAAAUCUUUACUUGGAGAGGAGACGUUUCCUCUCAGUCACAUGCACUUGCUGUCUCUCUUUCCACCUACUCUUCCUCUCUCUCUGUCUCUCUUUCUGCUUUCCUUCUCCUGUGGGAUUUAUCAGAUUUGGUGUUGACUGCUGGGGUUCUCCUCCCAGUAUUGUGGCUUUUAUUUUUCUCCUAGGGAAGAGGAGGUUCUUGAAACAAUGGGCUUCACCCUCCACUCUGUCUACUUCACCUUGAAGGUGAGUUUGCUGUUGGGCUCCUUGCUGGGUCUCUGCUUGGGUCUGGAGUUCAUGGGCAUCCCCAACCAGUGGGCCCGCUACCUCCGCUGGGAUGCCAGCACCAGGAGCGAACUCAGCUUCCAGUUCAAGACCAAUGUCUCAGCUGGGCUGCUUCUCUACUUCGAUGACGGUGGUGUCUGCGACUUCCUUUGUCUGUCCCUUGUUGAUGGGCGCAUCCAGCUCCAGUUUAGUGUGGACUGUGCUGAGACUACAGUUAUCACAGACAAGCAGGUCAAUGACAGCAAUUGGCACUUCCUGAUGGUCAGCCGCAAUCACCUUCGGACGGUGCUAGUGCUGGAUGGUGAAGCCAAGCCUGGUGAGGUGCGUCCACAGCGCCAGUAUAUGAACAUUGUCAGCGACCUUUUUGUGGGUGGAGUCCCGCUGGACAUCCGUCCUGCUGCCUUGACCCUCGAUGGUGUUCUGAGUGAGCCUCCAUUUCAAGGAUUUAUCCUGGAUCUGAAAUAUGGCAACUCUGAGCCACAGCUCCUGGGCAGUCAAGGGGUUCGGCUGGACGUGGAAGGGCUCUGUGCAGAAAACCCCUGUGAAAAUGGUGGCACGUGCUUUCUUCUGGACGGCGAGCCACACUGUGACUGCUCAGCCACUGGAUAUGCUGGCAAACUCUGUUCUGAAGAUGUCAAUCAUAUUCCAGGCCUCUCACACCUGAUGAUGGGUGAACAAGGUAGAAGUAAAGCACGAGAUGAGAACAUGGCCACUUUCCGUGGUUCAGAAUAUCUUUGCUAUGACCUGUCUCAAAACCCCAUCCAGAGCAGCAGUGAUGAGAUCACCCUCUCUUUCAAGACAUGGCAACGCAAUGGGCUCAUUCUGCACACCGGCAAGUCGGCUGAUUAUGUCAACCUGGCUCUGAAAGAUGGUGCAGUCUCGUUGGUCAUUAACCUGGGGUCUGGGGCCUUCGAGGCCAUUGUGGAGCCUGUCAAUGGCAAAUUCAAUGACAACGCGUGGCACGAUGUUAAAGUGACACGCAACCUGCGACAGCACUCAGGCAUUGGACACGCUAUGGUGACAAUCUCUGUGGAUGGCAUCCUUACCACCACGGGCUACACGCAGGAGGACUACACCAUGCUGGGCUCAGAUGACUUCUUUUAUGUAGGAGGGAGCCCCAGUACUGCUGAUUUACCUGGCUCUCCAGUAAGCAAUAACUUCAUGGGCUGCCUCAAAGAGGUUGUUUAUAAGAAUAACGACAUUCGUCUGGAGCUGUCUCGCUUGGCACGGAUUGGUGAUACUAAGAUGAAGAUCUAUGGAGAAGUGAAAUUUGUAUGCGAGAACGUGGCUACAUUGGAUCCCAUCAGUUUUGAGACGCCUGAGGCCUAUAUCAGUCUGCCUAAAUGGAAUACCAAAAGGAUGGGUUCCAUCUCCUUUGAUUUCCGAACCACUGAACCCAAUGGACUGAUCCUUUUCACCCAUGGAAAGCCCCAGGAGAGGAAAGAUGCCAGGAGCCAGAAAAAUACAAAGGUAGACUUCUUUGCAGUGGAGCUUCUAGACGGGAACCUUUAUUUGCUGCUGGAUAUGGGCUCUGGUACCAUUAAAGUGAAGGCCACCCAGAAGAAAGCCAAUGAUGGAGAGUGGUAUCAUGUGGAUAUUCAACGAGAUGGAAGAUCAGGUACUAUAUCAGUGAACAGCAGACGCACUCCAUUCACUGCUAGUGGGGAGAGUGAAAUCCUGGAUCUGGAAGGUGACAUGUAUCUGGGUGGGCUCCCUGAGAAUCGGGCAGGACUCAUCCUUCCCACAGAACUCUGGACAGCAAUGCUGAACUAUGGCUAUGUUGGCUGUAUCCGAGACUUGUUCAUUGAUGGACGAAGCAAGAACAUCCGGCAGCUGGCAGAGGCGCAGAAUGCAGCAGGAGUCAAAUCCUCCUGCUCCCGCCUCAGCACCAAGCAAUGCGACAGCUACCCAUGUAAAAAUAAUGCAGUCUGCAAGGACGGCUGGAAUCGCUUCAUUUGUGACUGCACUGGCACUGGCUAUUGGGGUAGAACGUGCGAGCGAGAGGCCUCCAUCUUGAGUUACGAUGGCAGCAUGUACAUGAAGAUCAUCAUGCCUAUGGUCAUGCAUACAGAAGCAGAAGACGUAUCCUUCCGUUUCAUGUCCCAGCGCGCCUAUGGGCUGUUGAUGGCAACCACCUCAAGAGAUUCUGCUGACACUCUGCGCCUGGAGCUGGAUGGAGGCCGUGUCAAACUUAUGGUUAAUUUAGACUGUAUCAGGAUAAACUGUAACGCCAGCAAGGGACCCGAAACGCUUUAUGCUGGGCAGAAACUCAAUGACAACGAGUGGCACACUGUCCGAGUAGUUCGUCGAGGAAAGAGCCUCAAGCUAAUGGUGGAUGAUGAUGUUGCUGAGGGCACAAUGGUUGGUGAUCACACCCGCCUGGAGUUCCACAACAUUGAGACGGGGAUCAUGACAGAGAAACGGUACAUUUCCGUCAUCCCCUCCAGCUUCAUUGGCCACCUCCAGAGCCUUAUGUUUAAUGGGAUGCUCUACAUUGACCUGUGCAAGAAUGGUGACAUUGACUACUGUGAGCUGAAGGCACGCUUUGGUCUCCGCAACAUUAUAGCUGACCCUGUGACAUUCAAGACCAAGAGCAGCUACCUGAGCUUGGCCACCUUGCAGGCUUAUACGUCCAUGCAUCUCUUCUUUCAGUUCAAAACCACCUCAGCUGAUGGUUUCAUCCUCUUUAAUAGUGGUGAUGGCAAUGACUUUAUUGCAGUUGAACUAGUCAAGGGGUAUAUACACUAUGUGUUUGACCUUGGAAAUGGACCUAAUGUUAUUAAAGGCAACAGCGAUCGUCCUCUUAAUGACAACCAGUGGCACAAUGUUGUAAUCACUAGAGAUAAUAGUAACACACAUAGCCUGAAGGUGGACACCAAGGUGGUCACUCAGGUUAUCAAUGGUGCCAAAAAUCUGGACCUUAAAGGUGACCUCUACAUUGCUGGGCUAGCUCAAGGCAUGUAUAGCAACCUCCCGAAGCUAGUGGCCUCCCGCGAUGGAUUUCAGGGCUGCCUAGCGUCUGUCGACUUGAAUGGGCGUCUGCCUGAUCUAAUCAAUGAUGCUCUACACCGUAGUGGGCAGAUUGAGCGUGGAUGUGAAGGACCAAGCACUACCUGCCAAGAAGAUUCCUGUGCCAAUCAGGGCAUCUGUAAUCAGCAGUGGGAAGGUUUCACUUGCGAUUGUUCCAUGACUUCAUAUUCUGGAAGCCAGUGUAAUGACCCCCAUUUCAAACGUCAAGUGACUGAUAGCAGAGUUGUUCUGUCAUGCCGGGAAAUAAAAUCAAGAUCUCCUUUUGACCCCUUCAUUAAUUACAAGCAAAGCUUUUCAUUCCUGUGGAUCAGCAAGGACAUCACUUCAGGAUGGAAAAGGUUGGACCUUUGCUAG